CCUAAUUUGACAUGAUACAACCCUGAGCCACCUUGAAUACCUAAACCCUCGUACCAGUGCGACACACAGAGCAAAACCCCAGCAGAGUCGCCGCCUCCGAUUAUUUUCGUCUCCUUCGAUCGAUUCGAAACUCGCAAGUCGGAAAGAUGAUCGCGGCAAAGAGCUCCGUCCGACUGAUGCUGCUUGGGUCGACUGCGGUGGUCAAAAGGAGGUUCUGUGCGGUGGUCGCGGCCACAUCUUUACUGGCAGACGCUGCCGUGGCCACGGCGGACGGGACUAAAGAAAGGAAGGAUUCCAGGACACUGCUCCGCCUGCUGUCGUCUCUGCGGGGAUCUCCCCAGGGGAGUGUGACGAGGACUCUGAACAAGUGGCUGAGAGAAGGCAAGUCUGUAAGAGCGGUUGAGCUGAUGAACUAUGUUAAGGAACUCCGCAAGUUCCAUCGCUACGCGCACGGCCUUGAGAUCAUGGACUGGAUGGAAAAGACCAAAGGUAUCAAUAUGUCUUACCCCAACCAUGCGAUACGCCUAGACCUCAUCAAUAAAGUUAGGGGUAUUGAAGCAGCAGAGAAGUACUUUUCCAAUUUGCCUGAACCAGCCAAAAAUGAGCGAACAUAUGGAUCCCUUUUGAAUUGUUAUUGCACAGAAAAAAAUAGGAAUGCAGAUAAAGCGAUUUCUCUUUACAAUGAAAUGAAGAACCGGAACAUACCUUCAAGUAUUCUGGUCCACAUCAGCCUGAUGUCCCUUUAUAUGAAGCUGUGCCAGUAUGAGAAGGUUCUCACCCAGUACCUAGAGAUGAAGUCAGAUAACAUAGAUCCAGAUUAUGUCAUAUACUGCAUCCUGAUGAACUGCUAUGCUUCAUUGAAUGACAUUGAAUCAGUAGAAAGAGUAAUUAAAGAAGCGGAAGAGGAUGAAAAAGUUACACUACGUUGGUCUGCAUUCAGUACCUUGGCUGCCAUUUAUUGUUCAGCUGGUCUACCCACAAAAGCUGAGAAUGCUCUCAAGAAGCUUGAAACACUUAUAGAUGCCCGAGAUCUUAAGCCUUAUGAUUACUUAAUCAGUUUAUAUGCAAAGAUUAACAAUGUAGAAGAGGUGAAAAGAAUAUGGAAGUCCCUCAAGACUAUCUUUCCAAAACCUUCCAACUUGAGCUAUCUCAACAUGCUGCGGGCCCUUGAUAAAUUUGAUGAUACAAGUGGGCAACAAGAUUUGUAUGAAGAAUGGCAGUCUGUUUGCACACUCUUUGAUGUAAGGUUGGCAAACUUGUUGAUUGGUUCAUAUUUGAGAAAAGAUAUGAUUCAACAAGCUCAGUCUCUUUGGGAGAAAUCUUCAAAAAGGGGUGCCAUUCCAGAUUUCAAAACCUGUUUUAUGUUUUUAGACCACUUCUUGCAGAAGAAUGAUAUGAAUUCUGCUCUUGUGUGGUUAGAAACAGCAGCUUCAUCUUCAAGUGGGAAACAGGAUAGGUGGAAGUUAAGUCAAGAUCAAGUGGACACUUUUCUGAAAGCCUUUGAAGACGCAAAGGAUGUUGAAGGGGCAGAGAGGUUCUGUGAUUGUUUGAGGAGCCUCGGACAUCUUGAUUUAAAUGCAUAUGAAAAGCUCCUUCAAACAUAUUUGGCAGCUAAUUUGAAGAAUCCUAAACUUCGCCAAAGGAUUAAAGAUGAUAAGAUUGAACUGAACUCCCAAACUAACAAAUUGCUUGAAAUGGUUUGUGGAGAUAAUGAAUAAUCUUUUUCAUCAUAUGAUAUUUCCAUAUGGAUGAGAUUUAGUCAAAAAGAGUGUCUGUUUGAUUGGUUACUGGAAUCAGCACAUUUGUCACCAAUUUCAACAGAUGAAUUUGAGAUGAGGGCAUGCUGAUCAUUUAUGACUUUCCUGAUUUUUCAUUGUGCAGAUGACUUUCACUUCAUAAUAUUAGUGUUAUCUGAUGCUUGAGCUUCUUUUUAUGCUUAUGAUUUGUUAAUUGAGAAAAAAUUGGACAAAGCAUUGGAGCGAGACUUGAGAAAAUCCUUGUUUCUGGGUUUGAUAUUCUAUGGAUAUUAUGUAUCAUUUGAAUUGUUGGAAGGUAACAGUUAUUUGUGGAUUCUUCAUUUCU